UGGAAAGUUCAGGGAAAAACAGCUCCAACAACUUAUAUCCAGAAGCGGUGAUAAAAGCAGCUUUCUGAUUGGCCAGAGGCUGGCUUGGACCAUCUCGGGAGGAACGCGUACCCUCCUCCCCUUCUGGAAGUGGGUUCGCCCACGGAGGGGGCCAGUUGGGAGCGCGGGAGACUGGAGCGGCGCCUGCGCAGUGGACAAGGUGCAGUUGCCCAAGCGGAACUUUGAACCCGCUCUGUUGGGCCGAGGUUCUUGUCGCCCCCUCAAGUCCCAGAUUCCGGGGAGAGCGACGUAAGCUGCAUCAAGAAAUCUAGUCCUUGGCUCGCAUCUCACAGGGAAAUCUGAUUUUUAAAGCCCGAGAAUGUCAUGCUUUAAAAUGUAAAAUAGGAAAGUGUUGAAAGUGAUGUCUGUGGACAAAGAGAGAACAAGUGAGUUUAAUGUGGGGGAGCAGCGGGACUCAGACACUUGAAGCCCUACUUUCCUGAGUCCAGCCCCUCUUGUAAAAUGGAGAAUAUAUCACAUACCGCACAUCAUCGAAUGAAAGCCAGCCCCAGGACACUCCCCAUCCCACAGGGAGGCUCCGAGGAUGUCUGUUGACUUUCUGGGGGAGGCUCCUCUUGCUGAAAGAGGAACCUCAGACUGAAAUCACUGCCGCCGCCGUCUUCCUGACCUGGUGACCAUCGUGGCACAUCGCCUCGCCCCUGAGCCUGUUUCCUCGUUAAAAAUGGGCUAGUGGAACCCACCUCCUGGGGUUGUCCUGACGCUCAAAAGAAGGUCUGUAAGUGCCUGGAACAUAGUAGGGGCUCAACAGUGAGGAAUGGAUGAAUGAGAAGAGAUUCAUCUGGACAAAUUUCAUUGAUCAUCACUGCCGUAUGCCAGGUGCAGGCACCCCUGUUCUGCCUCUGCUGGGGCCCCCUGGGAUGGCUGGUGCUGAGCAGGAAGAUGCCCUCAGUGAAGGUGCCUGCCCCCGGGGGUUUGUCAUCACAGGCCUUUCAGUUACCUGGAACUUGCCUCACCUGCUCAGUGUCUCCCUGUGGCUACCAGCCUUGCGCUGGGCCAUGAACACACAUACACUCCACACAUUUCUGUGGAUGCUUCAGCCUUGAAUUGGGAGUGAAACAGAGCAAGCUGCCUGGAAGUUUCUUUCCUUGGGACUCAUUCCUGGUAUUGUGAUUAAGAUGUGUCUCCUGCCUUCCCCUCACCUACUUGUCUUCUUUGGAAACAUCAUGCAAGUCUGUCUCAGACACCCCAGGCCUCGGAGGCGGGACGGAAGGCAUUUGCCACCCUUUCCAAUAUGCGUCUCUGAGAUGCCAUGUCCCCAGCCUGCCAGACCCUAGGGGGCCUCAGAUGGGAAGCCUGAGGCUUGGAGGAAAUAGAACACAUCCAGGGACUUGGCGGAGCAAGGAUUCACACCCAGGCCCAUGGAUCAGCCUCUGGAUCCUGAAGGAGGCGACUUCGCCCAGCUUCCUGACGACAUUGCCGUCUCAGCCAACAUCGCGGACAUCGAGGAGAAGAGAGGCUUCACCAGCCACUUUGUUUUCGUCAUCGAGGUGAAGACGAAAGGGGGGUGCAAGUACCUCAUUUACCGUCGCUACCGCCAGUUCUACGCCUUGCAGAGCAAACUGGAGGAGCGCUUCGGGCCGGAGAGCAAGACCAGCCCCUUCACCUGCGUCCUGCCCACGCUCCCAGCCAAAGUCUACGUGGGUGUGAAACAGGAGAUUGCCGAGAUGCGGAUACCCGCCCUCAACGCCUACAUGAAGAACCUCCUCAGCCUGCCCAUCUGUGUGCUGAUGGAUGAGGAUGUCCGGAUCUUCUUCUACCAGUCAUCCUACGAUGCGGAGCAGGUGCCCCAGGGGCUCCGCCGGCUCCGCCCGCGCACCCGGAAAGUGAAGAGCGAGUCCCCACAAGGUGCCAGCCUUGACCGCAUGGCAGCUCCACGAGCAGAGGCCCUGUUUGAUUUCACUGGGAACAGCAAACUGGAGCUGAAUUUCAAAGUCGGAGAUGUGAUCUUCCUUCUCAGUCGGAUUAAUAAAGACUGGUUGGAGGUAAGAUUGGAGGGCACUCUCCGCGGAACCACGGGCAUCUUCCCAGCGUCCUUUGUGAAGAUCCUCAAGGACUUCCCGGAAGAGGAGGACCCCACCAACUGGCUGCGCUGCUGCUUCUAUGAGGACUCCGUCAGCACCACCAAGGACAUCGCGGUGGAGGAAGACCUCACCAGCACCCCACUCUACAAGGACUUGCUGGAGCUUGUGAGGCGGGAGUUCCAGAGGGAGGACCUUGCCCUCAACUACAGGGACGCCGAGGGGGAUCUGGUUCGGCUGCUCUCGGACGAGGACGUGCAGCUCAUGGUGAGACAGGCCCAAGGCCUCCCCUCCCAGAAGCGCCUCUUCCCCUGGAAGCUGCAUAUCACCCAGAAGGACAACUACAAGGUCUACAACACGGUUCCCUGAGCUGCUGGUGUCCCUGGGGCCGUGAGGGGACGCCCAGCAAGGAGCCCUCCGAGGGAAUGGGGACCAAGAAAGGCCGGGAGCACAGGGCAGGCUUCCUGGUUCUGUAUCCAUCGGACCUGCUGGGCGUGGCUCGUGCGGUCUCGACAUCUGGUCUCUGAAUUAAAUAAACCAUUUCAUCUCCAAGGGCCAGACGGGGGAAGAUGGUAUCUUUUGAGAAAAGAGAGGAGAGGAAGUAAAAUACCACUCAUGAGCAUCAGUGAGGGGUCAUUUACAUACGGGCGGGUCCUGGCGUUGCUGGGCCUCUAAUGCAGCCCCCUAGUCCCCUUGCCUUGUCCUCAUGUGUGGAGAAACCCAGGGACACUCGUGUUCCUGAUGGCCACUCCUUCUGGCGCCCUUUCCUGGGACUGACCACCUGCCGCACGGAAGUCAUCUUCCUUAGGGUGCUCUCGGGGUCAGGCCAAGGCCAAGGCCAAGGCCAAACCCUCUGUCUUGGAUGCAGCCAAGAAGAUGGGGGACCCCUCUCCCCUCAGCUCUCAGGCUUUUGCCACCCUCCCCCAAAAAGGGCAGGCUGCCCAGCACCCUACACCCCUACACCCCACCCUGGGCUGUGGGGGUGCUGCUCCGGGCCCUCACAGCCCCCACAUCAGUGUGCAGGGCCACCAAGACAAAGUACCCCACAGCAGGCACUCAGUGUCUCACAGGUCGAGAGCCUGGAAGACCGAACUCCAGGUGUCAGCAGGGUCUUGCUUCCAUGAAGCCUGUUGGAAAACCUUCUUUGCCUCUUGCUAGCUGCUGGUCUUUUUCUGGCAUUCCUUGGCUUGUAGAGGCUUCACUCCACUCCUCCAAUUAUAUGUAGUAUGUUUUGCUUUUUAGGGCCUCACCCUCGGCAUAUGGAGGUUCCCAGGCUAGGGGUCUAAUCGAAGCUACAGCUGCCGGCCUACACCACAGCCACAGCAACCCUGGAUCCGAGCCGCGUCUGUGACCGACACUACAGCUCACCGCAAUGCCAGAUCCCCGACCCAAUGAGCGAGGCUAGGGAUCGAAUCUGUAUCCUCAUGGAUACUCGUCAGAUUCAUUUCCGCCGAGUCAUGAUGGAAACUCCCAAGAGAAGGUCUUAAAAGCUGUCAGAGAAAGUGGAGGUCACUGCAAAAUAACAAAAAGUCAGAAUGAGAAGCAGACUUUUCAACUAUACCAAUGGAAGCUGAAGCCAAUAUAAUUACAGCUGCAGAUUUUUGCGAGAAAACCUCUCUCGGUCUGGAAUUUAUCGGCUUCAUAGAACUAUCUGUCGAUAAUGAAGGCAAAAUGAAUCAAGCAUGGAUACAGGAAUUCCCGUCAUUGCACCACAGAAACAAAUUCAACCAGGAACCACGAGGUUUCGGAUUCGGUCCCCUGGCUUCCAUCAGUGGGUUAAGGAUCCAGCGUUGCCGUGAGCUGUGGUGUGGGUUGCAGACGUGGCUCGGGUCUGGCGUUGCUGUGGCUGUGGUGUAGGCCGGCGGCUAUAGCUCUGAUUAGACCUCUAGCCUGGGACCCUCCAUAUGCUGUGAGUGUGGCUCUAAAAAGCCAAAAAAAAAGUAUGGAUACAAACCAAAUCUGUUAACAAGAUCCCUGAACUAAAAGUAUCUCUAAAGUAUAUGCUUCGAGAAGAAGGAAAACGGCCCUUGAGGAAUAGAGUCUGAGAUUCAAAAAUAAAUGAUCCACAAAAACAAAGGUGAGCAUAUUUUUGGACUUGGGUUGACUUAGCUAAGCUGGUACUUUAUUUCCGAGAAUUUCCAUCCCUGCCUAGAUCCAGGAUGGCGUGGGCCACAAGACACAUUUUGCCAGAGACAUUUAGAAAGCCAUUGUGAAGCGGCAGGCAACCUCUUUUCAGUUCAGAUAAGAAGUGGUGUCCCUUAUCGGGCAAACAGGACGGGAGGGGUAACCCGGGAAAUAUUUUCUGCCUGAUGAGCAACCACUUUGUGCCAGUGGUGCGCAGGCAUCCUGGACGAGGAAAAAACACUCCUGCGAUGUUAUCAUCUUUCCUGGAGAAUCGCUCACGCACAACCCCUUCCUGAACGUCGACUGGAAAGCAGUGUUGCAGCGUUUAUUGCUCCCUCGUGGGAUUUGUGCAUUACAGCCCGUGUACAAAGAAUUUUCGAGCAAGGAUACACACAUUGUUUUUCCAGGCGGUGUGUCUGCUACAAUCGCAGAGCCUAAGACUCCAUCACUUCUGAAAGAGUUCAGUCUUCAAAGUGCCGUUUCCGUGACUGCCAACAUUUAGAUGGAUGCUGAUAAAUGACUGCUGGCAAAUGCUGAUGCAGACUCGGUCUGCGGUGACGCCAGCUCUCCCCACUGACCCACAGACAGCCAUGAGCUUUAGACAGUUAGGACAUAGGCUUCCAUGUUUUGUUCCUGUUUUGUUUGGAGUCCCGCAGACUUCAUCUAAAAUGCAGAGAAGAGUUAAGGGCUUGGAAUAGUAAAUAAAGUCCUGAAGGAGUUC